GAGGAGACAGACCUAUACAUCUACAGUGGACAACGUUCUGCAUUAAUCCAUGCAUGUUUCACUGCGGUUUCAAGGUCCGUCGGCACACAAAAACUCAUGUGGUACCCGAGCAGAAGGUCGGGAUCUCAUCUCUGCUUUCUCCUCCUCAUGUGGGUUCAGCUCAUCGCUGGAGUCAGAUCCAUUGAUCCGGAUCAUGCUGGUGUCUGUCCAAAUCACGUGAACGCAAACUUGUGGGUGGACGCUCAGAGCACCUGUGAGAGAGAAUGCCAAACAGACCAGGACUGUGCUGCACAUGAGAAGUGUUGCAUUAACGUGUGUGGCCUGCUUAGCUGCGUUGCGGCCCGCUUCUCUGACGGCUCCUCUGCUGAUGGCCAAUCGGGUGGCGGUUUGCUCUCUGGGGGCGAAGCCAACUGCAAUGAGUUUGUAUGCAGCCAGCAAGGGGCGGUGUGCGACGUGUGGGAAGGACAGCUGAUAUGCAAAUGUCAUGAUCGCUGUGAGAAAGAGCCGAGCUUUACGUGCGCCUCAGAUGGGCUCACUUAUUUCAAUCGUUGCUACAUGGAUGCGGAGGCCUGCGUUCAGGGUGUCACCCUCACGGAGGUCACGUGUCGUUACCAUCUGUCUGGUCCAAACGCCAGCCCCCUGCCGCAAGACACCACUGCACAUCCAACACCCACCGCAUCCCACGCAGACUCCUUUCCACCAACUCUGUACUCCAACCCGCAGCACCAAGUCAUUUACCUGGGAGGAACGGCGAGUUUUCACUGCGAUGUAAUCGGCCACCCAAAACCCGACAUCACUUGGGAGAAGCAAUCUGAAGUAGAAAGACUCACCAUGCGCCCUGACCAGAUGUACGGGAACGUUGUGAUAACCAACAUCGGUCAGCUGGUGGUGUAUAAUGCCCAGAUCUGGGACGCUGGAAUAUACACCUGCAUCGCACGCAACGGUGCAGGAACACUGCGGGCCAAUUAUCCGCUUUCUGUCGUAAAACGUAACGAUGAUGAUUUUUUUGACGAGCCAGGGGUGAGUUUGUCGAUCGGAAGGCCGUUCUCACCAUCUGACUGCACGGCGGCUGUGGAGCGAGGCGAGUGUGGUGAGAAACGUGUGGACUGGUUUUACGACGCAGCGCAGGGUUCCUGCCAAACGUUCACACACGGAGGCUGUGAGGGAGGCCGCAACCGCUUCGAGACCUACGAGGAGUGCCGUGCAUCGUGUCAGCGCGAGGGCCUAGAAGUGUGCUCGCUGCCCGCCGUGCAGGGACCCUGUAAGCACUGGGAAGUGCGCUGGACCUACAACUGCAUUACGGAGCGGUGCCAGGCUUUCGUCUACGGCGGUUGCCAUGGCAACAGGAAUAACUUCCGCACCCGUAGAGAUUGCGAAACAAGCUGCCCGCGGUCGAGCGACCGUCCGUGCAGGAGCUGCCGGACGAGAGGAAAGAUUGUGGAAAGUCUGUGCCGCAGCGACUUUGCCAUCGUAGGCCGGCUCACCGAACUCAUUGAGGACCUAGACUCAGGAAUCGCUCGCUUUUAUCUUGAGCAGGUCUUACGUGACGAGAAGAUGGGCCUGCGGCUCUUUAAGACGCAAAACCUGGAGGUGAUGCUCAUGCGAAUGGACUGGAGCUGCCCCUGCCCCAACGUCACCCAGCACCAAGAGCUCCCGCUGCUGGUUAUGGGUGAGGUGCAGGACGGCGUGGCAGUUAUUCUUCCACACAGUUACGUCAGACCCAUUUCUGAUCGACGACUGAAAAAAAUACAUGAGGUGCUGGCCAAGAAAACGUGUGAGAUGCUGCAAAGAUUCAAAGAAUAAGACUUACAUGAACUUUAGAAUUCAAUAGGUUAAAUAUUCAUUAUGAGUAAUGUUUGUAUAUUUGUCAAAUACAUUUGCAUGUGCUUGUGUUGCCAGUCUGAGUUACAAACAAGCAGAACCCUGUAAAUGUUUAUCAGGGAGGUGCACAGGGGGGUUGCUCAGGUUGCCCGGGCAACUGCCCAUAUUCCCUUCUCGACUCAAGUUGCCCUUCCGAGGUGGAUUUUUUUUUACUUUUACUUCGUUACACUGUGCGGCGUUCCUUCGUUACUGAAUUUUUAAUUAAUCAUGAAAUGUGUAUUUUAUUUUUAAAGUGCCGUCUUGUGUUUCUGGGGCAUUCGUGAAUUAAUAACUCGUUUGAGUCGAUUCCUUACAAAGUAUUGCAAAUAAAUUAGUCUUUGGAGUCGAUUCUUUACAAAGCAAAUGGGCCAAACGUUUUUAAUUGGUUCGCGAAUCAGUUUAAAUGAAUUGUUCAGUUUGCUGCGAUAACUGAAUCAUCUGAUGCUGUUUUACUCUUAGCCUAUAUAGACACACGCAGAACAUAAACAGUGUUGGGUGACGUGGAUAUGAAUUUACUAAUCUUUUAAAAGCAAAAGUUCACACAUG